AUGUCACCCCUCCCUUUUCUUCAUUACUCUCUGUUCUUUAUCUCCUUAAUCCUUGCGAAAUGUCUUGCUGAGACCAUUGCAUCGAAGCGCGAGCUCAACGGAGUGUCAGCCGGUCUCAAUCAGAUCGAAACCCUACCCUUUUCGCGUUCUCUCGGAAGCACUGCCUCCGCAGACGAAAGCAAAGAUGUUUUGGAGCUUUUGGACAUCGUCUUGGUCGCUUCAGUCGACGGAAAGUUCCACGCCCUCAACAGAGGAACAGGCGAAACGCUCUGGUCGAUGCCAACUACGUUGACGGCAGACGUUGCUGGCGCUUCUGCUUCCGCCCCCACAUCACUGCAACCCCUCAUCACCACUCGACAUGCCGACUAUGAUCCCGACCUCGACGAAGAUUCGAGCACGCAGGAGACCUAUAUCAUCGAGCCUCAGUCGGGGGAUAUCUACGUAGCUUCUUCACCGUCUGGUCCUUUGCAGCGCCUUCCGUUCUCUAUGCCGCAGCUAGUCGAUAUGUCCCCAUUCAGUUUUGAGGACACAGACAGGAGGGUUUUUGUUGGCAAGAAGAAGACGUCACUGUUGCUUAUAGACCUCGAAACGGGCAAAGUGAAGGCGGCCCUAGACUCAGAAUGCCCGUGGGAUCCCUUUGAGGACUUAACCGACAAAGAUUCGAUAGACAUUGACCUGGACGAGCUUGAUGGUACAAAACCUCAUAAACCUCAACACCCGACGGAGAUCUUCAUAGGGCGAACCGACUACCAUAUCUCCAUUCAUACGCGCCCACAUCCUCCGUCUUCGCGGAAGGUUCCAGUCCAACACCUUUCUUUCUCAACAUAUGGCCCGAACAAUCAGGACCUAGAACAGCAGGCUGUGUACAGUCGUACCAGCGACGAUACCUAUAUAGACUCACUACCAAACGGGGAGAUUAUUUCCUUCAAACGACGCAAACAAGAUGACUCACUGUCCGCAAAUACUUUUGUCUGGGCUCAAAGGUUCUCAAAUCCAGUCGUUGCCAUCUUUGAUGUUGUGAAGAGCCGUAAACGCAAAGAGCCCUUCGUCCUCCUCCAACCUCGCCCUCGCCUUCAAGACGUUCUUCCCGCCCUCGAUCUUCCUGCAGCCGUCAAAUCUCGCCGUCUCCCCAAUCUUGAUGCCGCAUACGUAGGUUUGGUUGAAGAGACCGGGUCCCUCUUCGCCCUAAGCCCCGAUCAUUUUCCACUCGUUGUUUUUGGGGGCCCGUACAAUCGACGACUCAAAGCGAUCGACCCUCCGCCAGGCAUUAUGGAUACCCAUGCUGUAGACCCCGAAGCGGACCUGCAUGAACUUUGCGAAACUGGCAGCACAGACCUUCGUUGUUUGGUUGGUAUCAGGCCACUGGAAGCCAACAGCCGAUCACGUUUGGCGCGGUUACUGGAUGGCGCUCCCACAAUAGUGCAACCCCCAUCUUCGAACACCAAUUCGCAGAUGAUCAUAAGCGACGAUACCAAAGAGGAUCCCAUUCUUCCUCAUGGCGACGAUAAGACCAUCAUGCCAUCUCGUCCGUGGAUUGAUAGCGGACACUCAAUUCCACUGCUUGGAGGGUUGCCAAGUAUGCAGUCGUAUACUGCAGCGGUCCUGACUCUCAUCGUUUUUGGCGUCAUCGCAUUUUGGUCUGCUCGGUCUGUUCGGAACCGGCGUAACGAGCGCCCAUCGAAGACGGCCUCUGCAGCCAUUGACGUCGAUGUCGACACUGUCAAAGGAACACUAGCCGAGAAAGUCUCUGUUGCUACCGAUAUAUCUGACUUCUUCCCUGUUGCCGUUCCAGAGCGCCCUUCCACGCCACCCCAGCAUCCAGCUUUGCUAUCGACUGUCAAAGGAUUGAAGAUGCCAUUGGCCGACAACAAUCUAUCUCCAGAACCUAUUGAUGACCUGGGCGAUGAUGACAGCGAGAAGGAGGGGGAUGCCGCUGCUACGCCAAAUAGGCGCAAAAACGCAAGAAGGCGACGAGGCAAGAAGAAACGAGGCAAUGCAAAGGAUCUCGCUGCAGAGGAUGCGGAUGCGGAUGAAAACGAAAAGCCCGAAGACUUCUCCAACAAUCUUUCGCAACUCCUCAUCCCAAACACACCCAAGCCCAUAGCCGCUCCUUCUUUAAUUGUCUCGGAUACCGUACUUGGUUUUGGCUCUCACGGUACGGUCGUCUACCGAGGAUCAAUGCAAGGGCGUGCGGUUGCCGUCAAGCGACUUUUACAUGACUUCGUGACACUCGCAUCUCGCGAAGUGAGCUUAUUACAGGACGCCGAUGAUCAUCCGAACGUUAUCAGAUACUACUAUCAGGAAGCACAAGCAAAUUUCUUAUACAUAGCACUUGAGUUGUGUCCAGCGUCUCUCGCAGAUAUCGUCGAGCGACCUGACCAAUUCCGUGAAAUCGCUAUUGCGUUUGAGCCAAAACGUGCACUCCGACAAAUCACCUCGGGUCUUCGACAUCUGCACGCGCUCAAGAUCGUUCAUCGUGACAUCAAGCCGCAGAAUAUACUCGUUUCUAGUGCGAAGAAGGGCGUUGGGGAAUCCGCAGGACAUCGCAUGUUGAUCUCGGAUUUUGGUCUCUGCAGGAAACUCGAAAUGGACCAAACAAGCUUCUUGCCCACUGCAGGAGGGGUAUUGGGCGUUGGCACAGUCGGCUGGCGUGCACCUGAGAUCCUUCGUGGCGAAGUCAAACUCGAUGAAACCACCGGCGAGGAUUCCCAAUCCUCCAGAGAUAGCAUUGGCACGACGACGAGUACCAGUACGGCAGGCAAAUCAAAUUCGACACGCUUGACCAAGUCGGUGGAUAUCUUCGCUCUGGGGUGUCUCUUCUAUUAUACCUUGACGAACGGGGGCCACCCAUUUGGAGAUCGAUUCGAGCGGGAGGUCAAUAUCUUACGGAACGAACGAUCGCUAGUCGGGUUAGAGCAGUUUGGCGAGGAGGGAUCUGAGGCAGUGGACCUCAUUAGUGCAAUGCUGGAGCCUGAAGCGUCGGCGAGACCGGACACAACCACAUGCCUCAUGCAUCCGUAUUUCUGGGAUCCUGGACGACGACUAGCAUUUUUGCAGGACGCAUCGGACCGUUUCGAGAUAAUGUGUCGCGACCCUCGAGAUCCUGACCUUGUCCGGUUGGAAGAGAACGCUAGUAGUGUCGUUGGCCCCGAUUGGCCAUCACGUUUGGAUAAAAUCUUUGUCGAAAAUCUUGGCAAAUUCAGAAAAUAUGAUGGCCGGUCUGUUCAGGAUCUUCUCCGCGCCCUACGGAACAAGAAACACCACUACCAAGACUUGCCCGACAAUGUCAAGCGUCAUGUCGGCUCUAUGCCAGAAGGAUACCUCUCCUACUUUACCCGCCGCUUUCCCCGUCUCUUUCUCCAUGUACACUCUGUCAUUGCAAAUUCCUCACUACGCCUGGAGUCUAUGUUCCGCUCAUAUUUUGAUCUCGCUGAUUGA